AUGGCGAUUUCAAAAGUUAUUUCAAGUCACAAUCAUGAAUUGGAACCUUCUAUGUCUAGAUUGAUGGUUGCUCACAGGUCACUGAAUAUGGAUAUGAAGAGGAGAUUGGAGGCAAACGAUAUAGCUGGCAUAAGACCCGCAAAAAGCAUUAGGUUGCUUGAAGUUCAAGCAGGUGAACCAGAAAAUUUAAGUUAUUUGUCAAAGGAUUAUCAAAAGUUCAUUGAGCGAAAAAGGAGGCUACGACUUGGUGAUGGUGAUGCUGAGGCUAUACGUAAGUUGUUUGUGAGAAUGCAACGAAACGAUCCUGAGUUUUUCUAUUCAUUUGAUCUUGAUGAUGAUUCCAGGCUUUCAAAUGUUCUAUGGGUUCAUCCUCGUAGUCGAGCUGCUUAUGAGGAAUUCAAUGAUGUUGUCAGUUUUGACACUGCUUACCUUGUUAAUCAAUACAAGUUGUCAUUUGCCACCAUUGUUGGAGUAAAUCAUCAUGGGCAAUCUAUUUUAUUAGGAUGCGCCUUGAUCUCACAUAAAGAUGUAAACACUUUUAAGUGGUUGUUCAUGACGUGGCUUGAAGCAAUGGGAGAUGUUCAUCCUAAUUCUAUUCUUACGAUCAAUGCGAGCAUGAGGAAAGCCAUUACGGAGGUAAUGCCUAAUACUAGACAUAGAUUUUGCUUGUGGAAUAUAUUAUGCAAUGUACCUGAGAAGUUUAAGGGUGUUGUUGAUUAUGACAGUGCAUGCCUUGAGUUUAAAGCUAUAAUAUAUGAUAGCUUAAUCAUCGAGAUGUUUGAGAGAAAUUGGAAUGAGUUUGUCGUGAAGCAUGGGUUGGAAAGAAAUGAAUGGCUUUCCAAACUAUAUGUUGAUAGGGAGUAUUGGGUUCCAAUUUAUCUCAAUCACACAUUUUGGGCUGGAAUGGUUUCGACUCAAAGGAGUGAGAGCAUGCAUGCCUAUUUUGAUGGGUAUGUUAACUCAAUGAGCACACUAAAGCAAUUUGUGGAGCAGUAUGAGAUUGCUAUGUGUGACAAGAAUGAAAAGGAGUUCUAUGCUGAUUUCAAAUCAAAAAACACAGUUGUAAAUUGCAUAUCUGUUUUUAAAUGGGAACAACAGUUUCAAAAGGCAUUUAAUAAUUCAAUAUUCAAGCUCGUUCAAGAGGAGAUUAAACGAAUGUGGUAUUGCCAUGUCAUUCAGCCAACUGAAGAGGGAAGGCGUGAAGCAGAUAAUGAGCCAGGAAUUGAGAGACAUAAAAUUAUGGAGAAAUCCAUAAUCAACAAUUAA